AUGUUGGGAAGAUAUGCCUUCAUCGUAUCGGCCUUUUUAAGUGUUAGUACAGUUGGACUUUUGGUACUUGUCCUCAAUCGCCAUUUUGAUAACCCAAACGCCUCGACAAAACAGCAAAAGCGAGCCUUGUAUAUGUUUUCAGACGUCCACAAUCGAAAAAACUCGGAGAUAUGUACAGCUCAUGAAUGCAUCCAAGUUGCGGAAUACAUUAAGAAGAGUAUAGAUUCCACAGUAAACCCUUGUAGUGACUUUUUUCAAUUUUCCUGCGGGGGCUGGAUCAAGAGGAAUCCAAUCCCUAAGAGUUAUAAUGAUUUUUCUACUUUUACUAAACUUUCCAAAGAUAUUGAGAAAGAAAUUUACGAACUUCUUCAAAUGUCACAUGAUGGUGCCCCUCAGAACGAGGCUCUGGUGAAAACAAGAGACUUUUACAGCUCCUGUAUGGACACUGUCGCGAUCGAAAGACUGGGAGCCAAACCCAUGUUAGAUUUUAUCAGAGAAAUUGGCUCUUGGAGUAUCUGUAAUGACGGAAGCUGGAAUAAGUCUGCUUGGGACAUUCAUGAAGUAUUAAAAUAUCUCCAAAGUACAUACUACCCCGCCUCACCUUUCUUCUCUGUCGAAGUCACAAAUGAUCACCUUAAUUCUACAAAGCACCUAAUAAAGGUAAGAAUACUCAGUUUAAUCAUAAACUUAAGUGGGUCAUGAUUGGCAUUUUUUCCUCCCAACUUGGUUCGAGUCAGCUCAUUUGUACCUCCGAAUUCUUGACGUCCCUGAAUGGUUAAAGACUUGUUUCGGCUCAGCCCAACAGCGGUUCACUUCUCGCUACCUGCUGGAGAUAGAAUGGUCUUGGAACAGUUAAGUCAUCAAUGACGUGCAAUUUAGUUCAGUUUUCUAGGCACUGUCAACUAGUCAAACUCUGAUGAGAUAGUGGCAAAAUGCAGUCUUAUUUGGAUCGUAUGAUUGAAAGUUGUCUUCCAUCUUACCUAUAUUAAACAUGGCCAAUCGUAUGAGAGACUGACUUCCUUUUCAAACGUACACUGUUGGGUGAGAUCUAAGCACGAGAACUACUCUUUAGGAAAAUGAAUUUUAAUGACCAAUAUUUGUUGUAAUAUUGUUAGGUUGAUCAGUCCGGCUUGAGUCUACAAAGGGAAAUUUACUUUAAACAUCCUGAGGUAAGAAACAUUAUUUAGUUGAGAAGGGGAGAGUAGGAGACAAGUACCACAUAUUUUUCUACCAAAUGGGGGGGGGGGGGGGGGGGGGGGAUAUACGGGGGGGGGAAAGAAGAAAAAUUUGGGGGGGGACCAACAACACCAACCCCCCCCGCCACACUUGUUCUCUGUUGAUUUUUUACUUAUAUUUAUAAUUUUUUUAUAAAUAAUUAAUUUUACUCAUNACACACACCUUGUUCGCUUUCAUGGCUAUUUCACGACGUUGGUUAUCCCCCAACCACUCACGUCAGUUGUGGGGCAAUUGUCUCACGAAAUUCGGCCAUUUGUUUAUUUUUUCCCUGUAGAUGGUGGAUAUUUAUGUAGAUUACAUGUCUAAAGUCGCAAAGCUUCUUGGAACAAAAUGUAAUACAACGGCAAAGAUGCGCGAAAUUAUUGAUUUCGAGAAAAAACUGGCUAAGGUAAGUAUAUUUUUUUUAUGUUGUGACAGCUCUAUGAUUACAAGGGAACGAUAAACAGUUUUUACCAUAAACAAAACCAUUUCAAUCCUACCCGGGUAUGUGCUUCCCUCGUAAUAAGCUACAGUGAGAAUCUAUCAUUUCUCCUUGAUGGUUUUAGUUCACCACCUCAGCUGAGGGUAAAGCAGAAGGAAUUUACCGAAGAAUAAACCUUAAGACUCUCAUCAAACUUGUUCCACAGGUGAGAGAAAUCUACACUCCUAGUCUCUACUUUAUUUGUUGCCAUUUUGGCCUUUACAUCUGACUUCUUCUUGCAAAAAUUAAUGGAAAAACCAGGGGCGUAGCUAGGGGGGGGUCCCGGGGUGCCCGUGACCCCCCCCUUGGUAGGCCUUCUUUUGAGCAAACAACCUACAAUAUUCAGGUGGCGAAAACGCCAUGACAAUAUCUUGGCCGUAAAAGCCAUUGUUGAAAAGCCCACUUUUUUAAAAUUUGUUUUUUUGUAAAGUAUUUUCGUCAACGGCUCUUGUCUUUAGUUAAUAUGGGCCUUCAUGCCGCGAUAAUACGACUGAGCCCGCUGAUACACGAGGGAGAGCAGCGGUAUAAACCAUAUAUAGUCGGCGAUCCCCGGAUGGUGACCCCCCCUUUGAAAAAUCCUGGCUACGCCCCUGAAAACUUUUAUUCCUUACAGAAAGUGACACAUGGACACGACUACUCGUCACGACCUGGCCAGUACCUUACACGUGCGCAGAGCCAAAUCACCCGGGCAAUGGCAUGGAAAGCUGUUUCGCGCUUAUUAGGGCUCAUCGGGUUAUGGGCUCCUGGCAAGGCAUAGCUGUCGGACUGUACGGUGCUGAGGGCAAAACAAAAGACUUGUCUACAAGUCAAGCUCAUAUUUUUUCACGAGCUCGAAGCGGCAGCGGUAGAUUGUUUUGUUUUCUGCGGCAACUACCGGAACCGGAAAUGUGAAGCGAAGGACUUUGAGAAAGUCUAGCAAAACAACUGUCUACGGCUGCCACUGCCGGGGUGACAUGGCUGUGCGCAUGCGUUAGGUACGGGUCAGGUAAGUCGUGGGUUGGUGCCUGUGUGUCGUUGAUCCAUCUUUUCCUCAGAAAUUUAUAUCUUGAAGCUAUACUAUGGGAGUUUUCAGGUGUUCGAAAGACUUUAUAAUAGCUUAUUUCAACAGAAAAAAGGGAAAAUGUGUUAUUCUUGUGUCUUUAUGUAAAUUUACCCUUGUGACUAAUAAAUUGUCCGCAUUGAUUUAUAGUUUCCCUGGUUAGAUCACAUGCAGGCUAUAUUUAAAGAAGCACAUGUAACUAAAACAGAGGUGGUGCUAGCUACAUCGCCAUCAUAUCUGCAGAAAAUGACAAAACUUUUAAAAAGUACUUCCAAAGAGUAAGUAUCGUUUUUAAUCAUCUGCCUGUUGUGCUCAACAAAAAGGGGAGGAACUCUGCGCACAUUCUGUAGUAACAGAAAGACAAAGCUUAUAUACCACCAAAUACAAUUUGUUUUCCCCGCUGUUGCAAGCAAACUUAACCGUAGACAGAAUCUUAGACAUGUGAGUUGGAAUUUUCCAAAAGAUAUCCUCGCUUAGUCCCUGUACGGCGUCUUCUCAGGCCUUCUAGUUCAGUUCAUUUCAGACCGCGUGAUCCGAAACGCAUAGGCCGCGCGGAAUAAUGAGGCCUAGGAACUAGGCAAAUCCUCACUGAGGUAAGAGAAGGAUUCGAUUGAGUUGUAAAGGUGAUGUUACAACGGAUGAUUCGCAAUAACGAUUUUAGCGCAACACAGCGCAACACAACUUUAGUUCUGUUGUACUAAAAAUCGACGUGGCGGAUCGUCUCUUGUAACGUCCGCCUUAAAGGUCGACGGUUGAUUGUAGUGUUCACUGACACACCUGUUGCUGAGGUGAACAUUGGGAGAAAUUUUCCUAGAAUGUGGAAAACUAAAAGUGAAAUUAAUAUCCCUGAGAGGUAACUUCUUAAGCGCGUUACCCUCUGUUUUCACGGCCUUGAACAUAAACUUUGAGAGUGUGUGACGAGAAAUUCAACGGCAAGAUUACUUUCUCAUUCCUUUGAAGAAUCCUGUAGUGAACAUUUAGUAAUAAGAGCGAUAAUUGUAUUUCUAGGUUACUAUCCAACUACGUGGUGUGGCAAAUGAUUCGAGAUAAAAUUAGCUUAUUAUCCAGUCCAUUCCGUAAAGCCCGAGCAAAGUUCAAUGAGCGAAUCUCUGGAGUCGAAGACACAGAUCCAAGAUGGCGGACUUGCACUGGCAUCACUAAUGAUAAUAUGGGCGUUCCCAUUGGCUCACUUUACGUCAGUAAAUUCUUUGCUCAAUCGGCAAUUGAAAAGGUAUAACUAUUAGAGCCCUGGUGACGAGUUUGGUAUUGCUGUCUAUCUGACGAGCUCUGAUGUGGCACAUAGAAUGAGACAAGCCAUUUCUUAGUAUUAAUCUGCAAUUUUGUGGCCAUUUGUGUUAGUAAUUUCGCCACCUUCACUCGCUCCUCAUGCUUUCUUUUCUUUGAUUUUUAUUGAAAGGGAAGGGGAGUUGGAAACUAGCUAUGCGAAAUAUAAUUGUGCCUUGGAUUCCUGUUGGAUUGAUGCCGAGAGUAUCGGGUGUGGUCAUAUGCACGUUGAGAUUGUUAAACAGCGAUCCAAGACAACAAUUUCCUUUUGUUUUAAUUUUUAGCAUAAAAAAGCCUUCGCUACGGCUUAUCAAACUCAAGGAAAACAUAGUGGCUACACUGCUAUAGUCAAGGACGUCAUCCAGGAGGGGGGUGGGGGAGGUUUUUCGGGGACCGUAACCGGGUUAGGGUCUGGCCUAGCGGAUUUUUUUUUGUUGCUUUUUUUUUUGUUUUUUUGUUUUUCGUUGUUCCCUUGCUAAGCUGUAGUAUAACUAUCAAGAGUUCCAGGUCCUAACGAUCGAAAGUUAUCAUAUUCCGCCAUAUUCUUUGUUAGCUAGAGCCAUGGUAACUGUAUAUAUUUCUUUGCCUUCCAGACUCAGACAAUGAUUAAUGAAAUAAUGAAGACGUUCAAGAAUAGAGUAAAGAAGCAUGAAUGGAUCGAUGAAAAAACGACAAAAUCUGUGUUUGAAAAGGCAAAUAUGUUAUUCCAUGCAUUGCAAAUCAAAUCCUCCUUCCCUCUCACUAUACAAAAGUACAGUAGCUAUGGAUUUAGAGAGAGUAAUAUAGCGGCAGUGUGAGGCGUAUUCCAUUGCUCCAUUGCAAAUGACAUUGAUGCUGGCUACUUUACCUCGCUGGCAAUUGAUAUUAGCCCGAUUGUGAUUGCCUUGAACUAGACAAAUUGUGUGUUUAAUCUAUUGUAAUGGUGUGAAAUAUUUUUGUGCACAUUUUUUAGAACAUGACUAAAAUAUUUAUAAAUUGAAACAUUGCUGUGCAUGGCUUUAUUUCAAUCUAUUAGGCGGACGCCCUAGGAAGCAAGAUUGGUUACGCGAAAUAUGUGGUGCAACCAGAGGAACUUGUCUCACGCUUUAAAAAUGUAAGUCGUUCGAUUCUCAUAAAUUACAUAGAGCGGUUUCUCAUUGAGGGUCCUAGAAUCAAAGCCAACAUAAUUAUAAAACUCCUUUCGACAUCCAGUACUAUCCAAUUCAAGAGUGUCAGCAGUUUAUAACCAUCAUGAUAUUGUUGUUAUCGUAGCUCAGGAUUGCAUCCAAAAAGUUUUUCAAAAAUAACCUGGAAGUAGACAAGUGGGUGAGACGUCGACUAUUUAACAAACUGCGAAAGCCCGUCGACAAGGAGAAGUAAGUUUUUACAUUUACUGUUACUUAGAUCUAUUUUCGAGUUGCAAACGAUUCAUCUGAGAUAUCAUAAUACCAAGGAUAGUGGAUUAGAAAAAUCUGUCUUUUAAAUUUACAUUAAAAAUUGACAGACUUUAUCUUGUUUACACCUAUUAGACAUCAAAUUAUAAAAGAAAUUAAUGUUACCAGCCAAUGGUUUUACUUAAAAUUUUUAUAAUAAAAAAUUUUUCACUGCUGAAUCCGUAAAUGGGGGUGGAUUUUCACCGGUUCAGUCCAUAGCACCGUUUUCAAAGUUCAUACACUUCAAUUAAUCAAUCAAUCAAUCAAAUUCAAAAUACCGUAUAUUUUAAACUGUUGUGUAUUUACUGUAUUUACAGGUGGCCCAUGUUUCCUCAAACAAUAAACGCGAUGUAUCAAUUCUAUGAAAAUGAGAUUGGUAAGCAACAGAGCCUCGGAGCCGAGUCAUCUAAAUAAGAGCUGGCAGACAGUCGGACAUGCAGUUUUAAACACCCAGCUGAACACUAAACCCUAAACCCUUCCGUCAUUAACAUAUGAAUCCCUUCCGCCAGCGCUUUUCCCAAUCAGUGCACGGUAAUGUUUCCAAGAAACGCGAUAAAACAAUGCAAUGUCACCGCCUUUGAUUAUGGCCAUCAAGUGACAUCAUCUUGGUGACAAGUUUAAACAGACGAAUUGUGAGAUGCUGUCCUAGCUGGCCGUUUUUGUUUUUACUUGUUUUUUAACGUUCCCACUGUUUCGCUCAAAACUGGAAACAGUUCACCAAUGCUGAUUUCCUUUUACUUUUCCCCUUGAUAGUUAUCCCAGCUGGUAUUCUACAGUCCCCAUUUUUCUACCCUGCUAACAUUCCACGGUAAGUCUAACAAUCAAUACCCCACUGCCUUUGAUUCCCAUUACGCCUUCCACAAUAUUUUCGAUACGCACUGCAUGAACAGUCUUUCGAAAAAAAAGCUCGUACGCAGAAGUCGACUCAUUGAUUAUUCAAGGCAAUAAAAACCUGCCUGGAAAAAGACAGUGAGGUUUACGUGAGAUGGCGGGGAGGACGAAGGAAAAGAUGGGUCGUUCCCGUUUUUUUAAAGUGUGCAUCAUUAGCAACUGGUUUAUUGUUUAUUCCAUUGCAGGUCGCUUAGUUACGGAGCCUUAGGGUCCAUUAUCGGACAUGAGAUAACUCAUGGAUUUGACAACACUGGUUAGUAAAUAAAGGCUGAACAACAAAUUUACAGUUACAAAGACCGAAACUGGAAAAAUCUUAAAAUGCGGACAAAACUGUCUUAAAAACAAACAGCAACUUGAAGGUACCAUCGAAGACGGGAGACUUUUAAUCCCAUUUUGACACUCACGCAACGGGAAAACAAAAUGUGAUCCAGUUUGCCUUAACAGAAAGCUUCAUCUUGUUUUUCUUUUUCCUAACUGUUUUUAGCUUAUGAACGUAUGCUUUAACUUUUGGCUGUUUUUUCAUCAAACUAGGUCGAAAAUUUGACAAAAAUGGAGACAUUGUGAAAGAAUGGUGGUCCAAUUCGUCCGUCAAGGAAUUUAACAAGAAAGCAAAGUGUAUUGAAAAGCAAUACUCCAAAUACAAAGUACAAGGAAAGUAUCCGGUAAGCGGCUUCAUUUUGUAGACCCCUGCCCCCCCCCCCUCCCCCCUAGGCUUGCCUUUUAUCCUCCUUAACUCUCGUGGUAACUUAAUUAUGGGGGAUCGAAAUGUCCUUCUAACUACUAUACUGUCGAGGCUCUAAACCGAUGAAAUUCUGUGAUUUAACCAUUUAAAUUAAACAGUGUUCUGGCGUGAAAUUAUUCUUUCUUUUUUUCCCUUUUUUUAAGGGAGGGGGGGAGGGAGACGGGGAGGUGGUAGUGGUGGAAAUUGGUGAGGUUUCCUCGAAUUCAGAGUUAGGCGCUCUUAAGAUUUCAAAAAUAAAUGAUACGGCCUCCUAUAUACCUCUUUCAUUUUUGCUGCAGAUCAGUGGAAAGGUGACCCUUGGAGAAAACAUAGCUGAUAAUGGAGGCACAAAGCUGUCGUAUUUUGUAAGUAACGUUACUAUUACAAUAACCUUAAUAUUAACUGUAAAUACGAAUACUUUAGUCACUCAGAUAGACCAGUUAACUAGUAUAGUAUACUUUACCGUAGGGUGAAGAAUCAUAGUCUGAGAAAACAGCCCACAUUUAAAAACGCCACCACUGGUUUCCCCGUGUAAUGACGUCAGAGAAACGAGAGCAGAAAUUCCAGACUCUUGUACGCGUCACUACCCAGCUCUGGGUAGUGCUUCUGUGUUGUAGUGGCGUCGGCCGUUUUCUCAUGUUGAGUAAUUCAUCGCACCAGCGAAUCAGUCAGCUUCAACGAAAUUGUGGAAUCUAGCUCCCACUUUGGAUUAUCUCGAUUAUCUUUCAAGAUAAAACCUUUUUCGUUGUUAACAAAAUCGCUUUCGCCCGCACCUCCACACGCGACGCCAUUAUUCUCUCACAUUAUCCUUUCUUGACAACACUGAACAAAACUUUGCAGACCUCUCGGGGAACCCGCUUCCGAUUAAAUUCAAGCGUCUAAUUGAUCUAAAAAUAACUUUGGUGCAAUUCACGUAUCCCAAAAGCUCAGUAGACUGGACGUUUCCGUUUCUGUCCUUUUGUGGCUCUUGAUCACACAGAUCGUUGUUGUUAUGACUUUUAUGCGUUUUCUAGACUAGUCCAUGGGCUGUGUAAACUCAGUAAAAAUAAUGCAACAGGGAUGGGUUGAUCAUUUUCAUAUAUGUACAACAACUCAUUCUCUACCGCUGCUGCUUCUUUGAUAACCAGGCUGUUCCAGCUGUUCAGAUGGUGUGGACGGAGCAAUGAAAUGUGAGCAGAAAAACAAAAAACAGGCUACUUCUUUGAAGAAGUGCACAUCUCUCCGUCCUGACAUCACCAUCAUUAGAGGUUUGGCAACAGCUCAGACCUUGCUUGAAAAAGCUCCCUCUGCCGGCGGCUUAUACAGAAACUCCUGAGCUCGACUUGUGGCAAGUCUGAGACCUUGCCUCUAUGACUCAAGCGGUCAAAAGAAUUCGUGAAUUUGGGUAAAGCAAUUUUGUUUCGAGUUCCAAAUGAAAUUUUUUGAAUUACAUUAUUCUUCUAGUAAAACAAAGCCAGCAACGGCUAAGAAUGACUCUGUUGACAAGUUUUUGAAUGGACAAAAACGUGAACGCCUUUCGUUUACACGGGACCUGCGGAACCGUGCAAGUUUUCAUCAACGGCAAACAGUACUGCAGUCUGUAACAGACUUUGCAUUGUUCCGCGUAAACGGGUUGCUUAUGUAAAAGUUUCGUCCGCCAGACCCGUGUAAAUGGGGUCUAAGUUCAUUUGUUUUUGUCUCACUUCCUCAAAGGCUUAUCACGACUGGCUGCAUCAGACUGGUAACAAGGAAUUUCUCCUUCCUGGUUUGGAAUACAGCAACGAACAAUUGUUCUUCAUUGGAUAUGCACAGGUCAGGACUAAAAACAAAAUAACAUACAUAGUAUAUUUCACGAAAUAGACAACCCGAUUUUAAAAUAGUGCCUUUAUCUUAAUAUUAUAGUCGUCCAUCCACACUAAACUGGCAGAUAGUGUAAGCACGCGUUACGAAACCGGCGAGGCCAGCCUCCGAAACACUCCCAAACUGAUGAAACCGGACAGUUCAUAUGGAUCUCGACGAAUGAAAACACAGAAUUAUUGCUUCGGUAUUUUGAGAAGGCAGUGCCGAAAAAGGUUUUAAAAAAGCCAGCCGUUUUAUACGGAAUCUUAUAAAGACAGUAUUGGAAAACAGGCCUCGAGUGGCUGACUUUAGGUGAUCUUUUGUGUUGCUUAUGUACGCAGUAAAUAAAAACGGAUUCUUAGGGGAUGAGUGUUUGUAAUCAUUUUUGCAGGAGUACUGCAGUCAUGCAAGACAAAAAACGGAAUACAUUGCUACAUUGAGUGAGAUUCAUGCUCCCCCCAAGUUCAGGCAAGUCUUGGAAAAAUUAAGGGAUAUUUAUUCGUGGAUGAGGUAAAAUUGCUCAGUGCUUCUUUACAAAUUAAAAGGGUUUUUCCCCUGUAUCUGAGAAACAAACGUUGAACACUUCAUGGCAGUUCAUAAUUGCUUUUGAGAUUAUUUAGGCCGUUUAUCACGGUAAAAAUGUCAUUUGGGACCAAUCUAUUGGCCCAGAGUUUGCUGAAAAAAUGAUCACAGGCACAAGUUACAACAGAAUGAGGUGGAGCGCUAAAACUGAGGGGUAACAACAUUGCAGAACUGACUGAAAACAGGACAAAACAAUAACAGCUCAGUUUCAAUUUGAUAGUAAGGUAUUUAACAAGCAAAAGGGCUGAACCUUUCUUGCAUGUGUUGUAAUACUGUGUUAUAAUAUCAGUUGGAAAUGAGAAUCAAUUUACUUUUCUGUUUCAGGGUUAUUGGGACGCUUUCUAAUUUUAAAGAGUUUUCCGUGGCAUUUAACUGUCCUGUAAAUAGCACCAUGAAUCCACGGACGAAGUGUGAGGUUUGGUGA